UUUUAAAUAAAACUAUUUUUUCAUUUCUUUUAUUUCUUUUUUUUAAUGUUUCCUCUUAUAUUGAUAUAACUACGUAUAAUCGGAAGAGAAAAAUGUAUUGUAGAUAGACUAAAUAGCGUUAUAAAUAGUAACUGUGACAAUACGUAACAUUUUGAUCAUAGCCUUGUAAAUUAUUAAAUCUAAUAAUCUGCGAAUAUUUACCAUGAAUGUAAAUAAAAAUGUAAUCGUGUACCAUAACGUUAUUAAAAUGUAGAAUAAAAUCGAUGUGUUUCCCAUAAGACCCAGUUUUUGAAUGGGACCACGUCUAGUGUUAUUUUGUUAUGUGAUAAAUCAUUUCCCAUAAUACGCAUUUCAAACUGCAUUUUACAUAUCUUGACAUGCUGUGUUUCACCCCGCUAACUGUGUGGACAAGACCAGACGAUAUUAAUCGUGGCGGGACCUUUUAUUCAUGAUGUAACACAUUCAGGUGUUUUUCAGGAAAGCGAAUUAUAUAUUUUCUAGCAGUGUGGAAAAACCAGGAACAGGUACGAGAGAUAAGAACGUAUAUCAAGAAAGGAGAGAGCUAAAUUAUUAUAUUUCCUCGGUCAUAGUUUAAGGGUGUGCCAUUAUUAAAGAUUUAAGUCGGUUGUUUCAAGAAGUUGCGGAUUUCCGGCAUAUUCGGCGACUUACCCAAGAUAAAUGACGUAAAGAGUCAGGGUAUCUUUUUGUAAUACAGGUAAAACUUUACUACAAAAGUUUUCGGUUGUCUGUGUACUUUCGUUUUCUAGGCGGCAAUAUACGUGUAAUCAACAAGACGUAAGGCCUUUCCUACCCUAAGAAAUGGUUCAAAUAGAGAUGAAAUGGUUUUAUCUAAUAGGAGUUUGCUGUACGAUACCUACAUCUACUUUAGCUUGUGACAUUGGCUGGUUCGGACCUAAGUGUGAGUACAAAUGUCACUGUACCGACGGUCAUUGUACCACAGCUGGACUGUGUGCCAACAACGUCGACUGUGCCAGGGGAUGGUUUGGUCCCUUAUGUCAGUACCAGGAUCUUGUCAGCCUGGGAAGCAUCGCACCCCCAAUGUCAGGGGUCACAUCGGUCAAGGUCACAUCCGUCAGGGUCAUGUGGUGGAGGCUAUACCUGAUACAAUGGCUAAGAUUACAGUUCCAAGAGAUUGACCAGCCGGAUGUGUUUACCCUGCAGACAGGUGCAGGCCCUGCCAGCUUAAACUGUACACAGCUGAAGGUUUAUCUCAUCGAUAAUCGAACGAUCGAUCUCGUCUGUGAUACUCAGGUGCCAGCAGCGGAGGUCAAGGUCACCUGGGCCCAGCCGAAACUGUUGAGAACCCUUUACAUCAGUGGUGGUAGAAACGUGGCCUUGAAACAGACAGCUCAACUCACCAGCACGUACGACGACUUAACACUCGCCUCACACGCGGUGGACGGUAACACGAACACUAACUACAUGGGACGUUCGUGCGUACACACCAGGGAAUCUGACAGCAGCCCGGCCUUGACCCUGACCCUCUCACGGCCCUACCUGCUGACCAGGUACGAGGUGUACAACAGAUACGACGACAUGUGUUGUCCUGAGCGACUGAAAGGUUUUGUCCUAAAGAGCUACAACGGCCAGACUCUGGUCUACACCUACACCGAUGUUGCCAGGGACCCUCUGAGACAGUACACGAUAGUCCCAAACAGGGGCGGUAAUCCCGUCACUCGUGUCAACAUAGCGGCCAACUACAUCAACCCCGGCACGACGAGAAAAAUCUUGUCGUUGUGUGAAGUGGAGUUGUUUGGGGACUCCAUUUGUCCAGCUGGUCGAUACGGCCUUGACUGCUCCAGCACGUGCAUGUGCCAGAACAAGAGUGAGCCGUGUCAUGUCGCCACUGGUCUGUGUCCGUCUGUUUGUCCUGCUGGAUACUGGGGUCAAGGCUGCCGUUACGAAUGCCCUGAUGGCAGAUGGGGCAUCGGCUGCCUGCAGACCUGCAGUGAAUCGUGUGAGGGUGGUCAGUGUGAGAAGACCUCUGGUGUGUGUACACACGGCUGUGUGGGCUACACGUCACCCAACUGUUCACAAGUCUGUGAGCCAGGCUGGUAUGGCUCCAACUGUUCCUUGUCCUGUGACGUCAACUGUAAAGACCCGUGUCAUCACAUUACAGGCUAUUGUACUCUAGAUGUACCGGUUGGUUUUGACAACGUUACCCACGUCCAGACCAGCAGCAACCCAUCUGGAUCGUGUUGUGAUGGGGGUUGUGAUCGCGGGAACGGAUCCCAUUUGGAAAGAGACGGAUACCGUGGAGAGGAUAAACAAACAGUCGAUAUCACGUCGACUUCGAGUAUUGGAAUCGGUAUCGGAAUUGCUGUAGCUGUCAUCAUAGUCUUCACCAUUGGUAUCGCGGUCUAUUGUCGAAGAAUUAAAACCUCGACCAAAAAUGGAGAGCAUAUCUGGUCGGAGACAGUCAGUAGUGAAAAGUUGAGGGAUGAGAUACGUCACGAUGUUGGACACAGGACUGACCAGGCUAGAAGUGAGAUCACGAUGACCAACAAAUGUGACGCCAUUGAUCCCAGUACAGGAAAAACAAACGAACUAAUUGGGACCAGCGAAGAUCGUGGAUUCUCUGAAGUCUAGAAUAAAUAUUAGUAGUUUCUUUUCAUAGACGUAUUUUAAAAUGUACCGUAUGUAUUUCUGUCUAUUCGAAGUUUCAUGUCAAAUCUUAUGAUUCAAUUUGACCAGCUUUUUUUAAAUGCAUGAAUUUUUUUUGAUAUGAUUCCAGAUAAACACAUGAGUCAAAUUUUUCCAUCUAAUUAAUAAUAAAAUGAGUCAUUAAAACGUAAUUAAAAGAUUACACCUACUUUAUUAAAUGAAAUGGGAGAUAACAGGAAUAAGUGCCAGCGACUAGAUCAACACAUCAGUAAAAUUGUUCAAAAUAAUAACACACAGGGCCUAGGUGUAGGUGUUUACUUUAAUUUUUAGCGAGUUUUAUUUAAAGAUUUCUGAUCGAUUGAACACGUUCUCUUGUUAUGUUGAAUGAUUAAUGCUAUACUAGUAGCUGUGAUAACUUGCCUGUGAUAUUGAAGCUAAUUAUAACCAAGAGGCAUCCUUACAAACAAACCUAUCCAGCUUCUAACUUAUAGGACGGCGUUGUCGGACUGUAGUGGGCACGACUGCUAACCAGAAAAUCUCGGGCUCGUGGUCAAACCCCCUAUGAUCAAAACCCCUAUGGCCAAAGCUCCGUUAUGGUCAAAGCCCCGCUGUGGUCAAACCCCCUAUGGUCAAACCCCCUAUGGUCAAAGCUCCGCUGUGGUCAAACCCCCUAUGGUCAAAGCACCUGUGGUCAAAGGUCCGCGCACCCUGUACGACGUUCUUGAGUCCACCCAGCUCUAAUACGUACCUGACUCCGUCAAAAAAAAUUGACUGUAAAUAUCCUAUAAGGAAAAUUAUAACAACAUUGCUGCUUUCUAUGCUGAUAUUGGCGAUCUUUAUAAUGUUGGUUUCUUGUAUAAUUUUGUAUAAUAAAAAGGUAUAUUAUUUAUCUUAUUCAAUCAACAUUUUAAGAAUUGAGUCUCCAAAUUCAUAUUGUUGUAUUUUAUCGCCAUACAUAAAUGUAUUUUACACACAAAAAAAAGCUGGA